UGAAAUUAGCUCUGUUAUUGAGCUCAUGUGGCUUUGGAUUGGAAGUGUGAAUUUUAUGUGGCUUUUGGUGUCAUAAUUGAGUAGUGCAUAUGUAAUUAAUUUUGAUACUACUGUCUGGUUAAUUGGCAGAAGAAAACAAAGAAUGAAGGUUACUGCAAACAGUGCUGUAAAAAUUUAAGCUUUAAAAGCAGCGUGUGUUAAAAUUUGUAAUAUUUCUGUGAGCGUACACUGUUAAAACUGUUCUCAUCAACUAGAGCUUUUGGUUAAAUGGUUUUUUUGGUCAGCAGUUCACAAGAGUCCAAAUUUUGAAUUGUGGAGCAAAUCACCAUUGAAUUCUUCACAUUCUCCACCGGUGUGUUUUGAUUUUUAUUGGAGCUGACCUGUGUUUGACCUUCCUUGGCCUUCGUGGGUUUCCUUUUGUCUCUUCUUGCUAGCUCUAUACCUUGACACUUCUUGCUUCCCUCAAAUUUGUCUUUUUAACUCAGCUAUCAGUUUGGUUGUUAGUGAUAUUUGCUACUGAAAUAAUUUCGAUUUAUUUCUUAAUACCAAAAUCCAGUGGUUUGAGGUGGGCUGUAAAGUACCGUAAUUUUUAGGGAAGGUUGGUUGUUGUUCUUUGGCUUUUCUUGUGGGUUUUAUUUUGGGUAGCGGAUUUAAACUAGUCUAGAUGACAGUGGAUGAAGUAGGCAGUAGCUCUGUAUGGACUAAAGAGCAGGAUAAAGCUUUUGAGAAUGCUUUAGCAACUUAUCCUGAAGAUGCUUCUGACCGAUGGGAGAAAAUUGUAUCUGAUAUACCUGGGAAAACACUAGAUGAGAUUAAACAUCACUAUGAGCUUUUGGUGGAUGAUGUUAACGACAUUGAAUCUGGAUGUGUUCCUGUGCCUAGCUAUAAUUCAUCAUCUGAUGGAUCUACAGGCCAUGGUGGUGAUGAAGGAACUGGAAAGAAAGGUAGCCACUAUGGGCAUUAUAACAAUGAGUCCAACCACGGAAGCAAGUCUUCAAGGUCAGAUCAGGAACGCCGUAAAGGGAUUGCUUGGACAGAGGAUGAGCACAGGUUAUUUCUUCUUGGUUUGGACAAAUAUGGUAAAGGUGACUGGCGGAGUAUAUCUCGCAAUUUUGUGGUUACCAGAACACCUACACAAGUGGCUAGCCAUGCACAAAAAUACUUCAUCCGUUUGAACUCAAUGAACAAAGAUAGGAGGCGAUCGAGCAUUCAUGAUAUCACCAGUGUUAGCAAUGGAGACAUUUCUGCAGCACAAGGACCAAUCACAGGUCAAACUAAUGGUUCGGGUGCAGGAGCUUCCUCUGGCAAAUCAGCCAAACAGCAACCCCAACAUCCAGCUGGGCCUCCAGCUGUUGGCAUUUACAGUACUCCUACUAUAGGUCAACCAAUAGGAGGACCCCUUGUCUCAGCUGUUGGCACCCCGGUGAAUCUUCCUGCUCCAGUACACAUGGCAUAUGUUGUUAGAGCUCCAGUGCCCGGAGCAGUGGUUCCAGGUGCACCAAUGAACGUUGGUGCUAUGCCAUAUCCGAUGCCCCCCACAUCUGCUCAUAGGUGAUGUGUAUUAGCUGUAAAAUUUACAAAAGGAGAAGACUACUUUGCUUAUGCUAAUGUUUAGAUAGUGGGUUCUCCAUCUAAAUUAGCCUGAAUAAGGUUGCUUAUUUGCAAGCACAAUUUGUCACUAUCAUUUGUUUAAAUUUUCAAUAAGCCAUAGGGAGAGAAAUACAUGCAAUCUGUAUAGGUGACUUUUUUAAAUGGGAUGCAUUAUGGAUAGGAAUAGUGUUCUAGCAUCUUGUCUUGAAAUCAUUAAAUUAUUAGUUGUAGUAAGUAGUUUUUUGUGGCAGAAUCUGUAAAAAAUCCAUUCUAUAUUACUAUUUUGAGUAGCUUAUCUGAGCACAUGUUGUGCCUGGCUUUGCCAUAAAUAUUCA